UACAAUUAUUAACCAAAACCAGGCAAUACUUCACGAGCUUAAAUCCAAAAUGUACUGUAAAAUCUCUUGGCCGUAGCACUAUGCGCUACGUCAAGAAUAGAUCUGCAAGCACGUACGGUCCACAUCAACCUCCUCUCGGGAAACUCGAUGCCACCAGCCGGCAUGCAAUGGAGUCACGUGGAAAAGUCAAGUGGGCCUCAUCACACGGAGCAGUUGUGGAGGAGAUUCCCACCAUAAAAAAACAACUUUUAGAUAAGUGGGCCCCACCAUCUUUGUAUAUGCCGAUCAAUCGACCCAGAAGGGAAACCAAAAACUCCGGCCAUUGGAAAACCCAAUGGGCCACACCACAUGACUUCAGAGGUGCUGGGCAUGAUUUUAUUGUGGUAUGGAAACCCAAGUUUAGGAUCGCCCUGAUUUUUGGGCAUCAAGAAGACAUGAGGGAGUCCACAUGAUGGACGGAUUAGAUGUCACACAAACAUCAUGGUGGACCCCACGCAUAGCAAUUGUAAACCUCGUGAGUGGAUUUGGCCGGCAUGAAACCAAGGAAGAACAAAACACAAAAACAGCCUAGUGAAUUUCAACCCCAGCCCUCUACCUUGUUUAAAAUGGGCCCCACAUCAAACACAAAGCUCGUCCACACCAACAAUAUAAAAUGCAUAGCCAUGCAACAAAUCCAACACAAGCACCCUUCUCUCCCACCUUCAAUCACACACUACAAUACCACAUCAGAUCAUCAAACCAUGGCUUCAAACAUUCUUAAUCACACCUUGUUCUUGCUAGUAAUCACCAUGGCGACAUAUCACAUCUCCCAUGCAAGUGACCCAGACAUCACAUCCGAUUUCAUCAUCCCAGAGAACAAGAGUACCGUUGACGGAACCUUCUUCACCUUCUCCGGCAUGCGUGCUCCAUUCCAAGUGGACUGGCCCGAAGCCUUCAACGUCACAAAAGCAAGCAUGGCCCAGUUUCCAGCCCUCAAUGGCCAGAGCGUCUCGUACGCCUUCCUCCAGUAUCCAUCCCUAUCCAUAAAUCCCCCCCACACGCAUCCCCGCGCAGCCGAACUACUUCUCGUCAUCGAAGGCAGCCUUGAGGUGGGAUUCAUCGACACAACCAACAUGCUCUACACCCAAACACUCAACACGCUGGACAUGUUUGUCUUCCCCAAAGGACUAGUGCACUACCAGUACAAUGCCAACCCCAAUGACCCAGCCACUGCUCUCUCUGCCUUUGGAAGUGCCAAUGCUGGGACAGUGUCUGUCCCUAGCACCAUCUUCGCCACUGGCAUCGACGAUGGGAUCCUCGCCACGGCUUUCAAGACUGACAUUCCAACCGUUCAAAAGCUCAAGGCUGGACUUGCACCACCCAAGGCCUAAGAUUGAAGUUGGCUACUUACAUUAUGUUUGUAUUAUGAGCACAAUAAACCUAUUUAUUUACAUUGAAUAAUGAAUCUUAUUGGAACAUGAUCAACGGUCAUUGUUCCAA